GCCCGCGGGAGCGCGCAUGCGCGGGGGUGGGCGGGCUCAAGCGCCCCGCUGCCGCCAUGAACCCGCUGACGAAGGUGAAGCUGAUCAACGAGCUGAACGCGCGGGAGGCGGAGCUGGGCGUGCAGGAGGCGGUGUCGUGGCACGCCGAGUACAAGGACAGCGCCUGGGUCUUUGUCGGUGGGCUGCCCUACGAGCUGACAGAGGGCGACGUGAUCUGCGUGUUCUCACAGUACGGGGAGGUGGUGAACAUCAAUCUGGUGCGGGACAAGAAGACCGGGAAGUCCAAAGGCUUUUGCUUCCUGUGCUAUGAAGACCAGAGGAGCACCAUUCUCGCUGUCGACAACUUCAAUGGAAUCAAGAUCAAAGGAAGGACAAUCCGAGUGGACCACGUGGCCAACUAUCGGCCUCCCAAAGACUCUGAUGAUUUAGAUGAGGUCACAAAAACUCUCCACGCAAAGGGCUGUGGAGUGAAAACGCCACCUCAUACGUCGUCUGAUUCUUUGUCAGAAGAUGAUGAUGUGCCAGCAAAAAAGCAAAAAGAUAAAGAGAAGAGUAGACAAGAAGGGCAAAAGCAGAGCUCGCAGUCUGUGAAGAGGGCAGUGUCUGCUGAGGAGGCACAUCCUAGAAUCAAGAUUAAAAAGGAGAAGGAGGAUCCUGCCUAUGACCGAUACGCCAGUGGGAGUCAUCAGUCCUGGAAUGGGUCUGAGAGGAAACAUGCGAGCAGGAUGCAACGAGAAGAGGAAGAGCAGAGGCAUCAGAGGCAGUCAGAGAGAAGAGGGGAAAAGAGCUCCCAGGAACACAGGGGACAAUACAGUUCGCGGGAAGAGAGAGAAGAGACUGGCAGGAAGAGUGAAAGGCACAGCAGCAGGCGAGAAGAGUAUCCUGAGGGGACCAGAUCCAGGGAUCAGCGGGAGAGUAGCACCAGAGAGCCCCAUCCCAGGCACAGGGAGCGGGGUUCCACUAGAGAUUCCAGCCACUACUGAGCUGUCAUGUGAGCACCGCCUAGGGCCAUGGCUGCUCCCACUGAGAGACAGCUGUGCUCUUUGAGCCUAGACAAAAACCUGCACAGGGUUUCCUGACACCUCUGUGAGGGUACCACAGCUGGUCCAUUCACCUCCCACAGCUUCGACUUUGUCUCUCAUUUUACUUUUUGGACAGGGGUCUCCUUGCUGUCUGUGCUGGCAGGCACACAGGUGUGGCAGGCUGUACCCUGCAGAGCGAAGGUGGUUGCUGAGGGUGGCAGGGUGCUGUUCUCCAAACUGCCCAGUGCCAUCCCGGUGGGAGCAUCCCCCAUCUCUGCAGUGAGAGGCUGGUGGGUGCCUGCAGGCCUGACACGAUGCCUGUGUGUCCCGGGUGCAUCCAGCGUGUCGUCCUUAUGUGAUGAAUCCCAAGAGAUGUGCUGUUGAGUAAGGGUGCUUUCUUUUGUUUAUUUUUUUAAACUCUUCUUAAUAAAACUACUCUGUUAACCAGAAGAGAGAA